ACGUAUCAGUUUUCCAGUGGAAAAGCAAAAUGGUAUUUCCAUUUCUAUUUUGAUACCAUCUGAGUAAUUGUUCAAACAUUCGACUCUCAGAGAUAAUGAAUAUCAAAAACUAUCAGUCUGUUCCUCAGUGAGAGGAGACCAUGGCUUUAAAAACUUGUGUGAAUUCCAAAAACCAUUUUAUAUUUCGUCAAUUAUUUGAUUCACUGAGUUGCACAUAUACGUAUUUACUUGGUGACUUGAACAAGAAAGAAUGUAUAUUGAUAGAUCCAGUGCUGGAACAAGUGAAAAGAGAUUUCAGUUUAGUCAAUGAACUGGGAUUGAAGCUAUGCCUUGCACUUAAUACUCAUAUGCAUGCAGAUCAUAUAACAGGAACUGGAUAUCUAAAAAAAUUAACAGGAUGCAAGUCUGCCAUUUCCAAAGCUAGUGGAGCGCAAGCAGAUAUUUAUUUGGAGGAUGAAGAACAAAUAUCUUUAGGGAAUAUAUGCUUAAAAGUACUAUCUACACCAGGUCAUACCAAUGGAUGUGUAUCAUACUACUGCAAAGAUCAGCACAUUGUUUUCACUGGAGAUGCUCUAUUAAUAAGAGGCUGUGGUAGAACAGAUUUUCAAGAAGGUGAUCCAGCAAUACUUUACAAGUCAAUUUAUUCAAGAUUAUUCACUUUACCACCAGAAACUGUAGUAUAUCCAGCUCAUGAUUAUAGGGGAAUGAUGUCAUCUACUAUUUCAGAAGAAAUGAAGUAUAAUCCUAGGUUGACAAAAAGUUUAGAAAAGUUUGUCGAUAUUAUGAAUAAUUUAAAUUUAGGAUAUCCAAAACAAAUUGACAAAGCUUUACCUGCAAAUAGAAGUUGUGGUUUACACUACAUUCCAAAGGAAAAUCUUCAAAAUACAGUACUCUAAGGAAAAGAUAUAUUGAAAAAGAUAUAAAAUGUAAUAUAUGAACAAAUAUUUUUAUGAACAAAUUUAUUCUCAGUAAUCUGUUACAAAUAUGUAGUUACAAAUUACAGGCUUAGUUGAUACAAUAAAAAUUUUAUGGUUA